GUUUAAUUUGGCUACGGUUACGAUUUGGGCAAGGGACUGCCGAAGGAUGGAUGAUACUGUAAUGAUGUAGGUAACUGGAAAAAAAGAUGAAGACCUGAGCUACUUCUGCAAACACUGUGAUGGAAAUAGUCUCUCAUCUUGUCCUUACAAAGGAAUGAGGAGCCCUGCAGGGUCAGAGUAGAUGGCAGCGGGUCUUUAGGGGAUAAGUGGGGGUGUGACUGACAAGACUCGUUGAAGGAGAAAAUAGACUAUUCCAUCUGUCUCAAAAUCCGCCCUGCUGCUGACCCACACUCCGGAGACUGUGGUCGUCAGCCCACGGUCACAUGGUCAAGGCAAACCCUUAAAAAGCCCCUGAGCGCAAAUGCCCGAGACCCCAGUCAAGUCUCGGUGAUCGUUCCGCUCCCUCUUCCCUGUAAAAGCCUCCGAGGUGCCGUCAUGUCAGACACUGAGGAAAUCGUGGAGGAAUAUGAGGAGGAGGAAGAGGAGGUGAAUGAGGAAGAAGAGUUGGAAGAGGAAGAGGAGCAGGAUGAUGAGGAAGAAGCAGAGAGGAGAGAAGAGAAUGAGCAAGAAGAAACGUCCAAACCCCGACACAAGACGACCUACGUGCCAAAUAUUGCUCCUCCGAAGCUCCCUGACGGCGAGAAGGUGGAUUUCGACGACCUCCACCGCAAGAGAGUGGAGAAGGACUUCAAUGACCUGCAGUCGCUGAUCGAGGUGCAUUUCUCCAGCCGCCAGAAGGAGGAGGAGGAGCUGGUGGCGCUGCGCAAUCGCAUCGAGCGCCGCCGCGCCGACCGGGCGGAGCAGCAGCGCGUCCGCACGGAGCAGGACCGCGAGCGGCAAGCGCGGCUGGCCGAGGAGAGGGCGCGGCGCGAGGACGAGGCGGCCAAGCUGCGCGCCGACGAGGAGGCCAAGAAGAAGAAGACUUUCACCAACAAGUCCUUCGGCGGCUACCUGCAGAAGGUGGACCAGAAGAAGGGCAAGAAGCUGACGGCGCGGGAGGAGAAGAAGAAGGCCCUGCUGGAGCGCAGGAAGCCGCUCAACAUCGACCACCUGAGCCAGGAGAAGCUGGCGGAGAAGGCGCAGGACCUGUGGCAGUGGCUCCACCAGCUGCACGCCGAGAAGUUCGAGCUGGCCGAGAAGCUCAAGAGGCAGAAGUACGACAUCUACGUGCUCCGGAACCGAGUCGCCGACCACCAGAGGGGCUCCAAGGCCUCCAAGACGUCCCGCGGCGCCAAGGGCAAGUCUGGCUCCUGGAAGUGAGGGUCAGAGUUCAUGUUGUUCCUGGACUAUUUCUGCCCGCAUUUACAACUUGUAUCAUAAAAGCUAUCCAAGAGAUUUGGGUGUAGGUCGAGGGGAACCUCCUGGUUCAGGGCCCCCGGGGGACUGAGGUGAACGAAGCCACAGCAACAUCUUGAAUGACAUCCGAUAGUUCUGUUGAGAUAAAAUAAUCAUCUUUGUUUACCAAAUCGUCAUGUUCAUAAGCCUUAGUUGACGAGUUUAUUAAAUCUGAAUGUGUGGUGGUUUUAUUUUUACUGCUCCACCAGAGUACCGCUUUGUGUUUUAUUUUGUUCUCGCAAACUACAAGAAUUUUCACCGACGCAGUCUUUCGCGAUUAGGCUUCAUGUUCCCACGUUUAUUCCUUUAACAUUUUCUUCUGAGGCCAAAAACUGAAUUUGUUUCCAAUAAAUCAACUUAUUUUAAUUUCGAGUAACGCUGUUUUCAUACUUGGGCCUUAUCUAAAGGGAUCUCAGUCUAUUGGGACUUUAAACUCUUGCUGAUUCCUUUUCACCCUUAGAAACCUCUUGUAGCAGUUUUUUGAAAAAGGAAGCUCUGUAACUUUUCUCAACACUUAACUGAGUGACUGGUUGAGAGCAGCGUGGGUGGGGUUUCUGCUCAGUGGUUUAAAACAGGUGUUGCACAGCUGAUUUUUUUUUUGUUCCAGAGCUAAAUUGGUCUCAGGACGAGAAGUGUUGAGCCCAAGACUUUGCAGAGUGGAUGAAGCGUUCAUAUCUCUAUAGUACCAGAAUGAAAAAUUCCCAGAUCUUAAUAGAUUUAAUUAAGUUCAAUUUUUACGAUCAAUCAAAUCAUGCUUCAUUUGUUUAAAACAAUGAUCAAAUGGGAACAUUCUAACUACAAACUGAACAUCAGGUGGAUGAAUACUGUUUAUUUAAUUUCUAAAGACUAUGUUAUGUUUUCCUUUUUCUCUUAAAUAAAAGCAGAUAUGCCAUGAAAUAAUUGCAUCAGUAAACUGAA